AUGGUGCACUGUGCGGGCUGCGAGAGGCCCAUCCUGGACCGCUUUCUGCUCAACGUGCUGGACCGAGCCUGGCACGUCAAGUGCGUGCAGUGCGCGGACUGCAAGUGCAACUUGACGGAGAAGUGCUUUUCCAGGGACGGGAGACUUUACUGCAAGAACGAUUUCUUCAGGAGGUUCGGCACCAAGUGUGGCGGCUGCUCGCAGGGCAUCUGCCCCAGCGACCUGGUGAGGAGGGCGCGCAGCAAGGUCUUCCACCUCAACUGCUUCACCUGCAUGAUGUGCAACAAGCAGCUCUCCACCGGCGAGGAGCUCUACAUCAUCGACGAGAACAAGUUUGUGUGCAAGGACGACUACGUCACCAACGCCAGCGUGAAGGACGCCAGCCUGCUCUCGGUUACGGCGUGCAGUGACCCCAGUUUAUCCCCGGACUCCCAAGACCCCCUGCAGGACGACGUGGUCCUGAAGGACACGGAGAUGGCCGCCCUCUCGGAUAAGGAAACUGUAAAUAACGAAAACGACGACCAGAACCUGGGCGGCAAGCGGCGCGGCCCGCGGACGACCAUCAAGGCCAAGCAGCUGGAGACGCUGAAGGCGGCGUUUGCCGCGACCCCCAAACCCACCAGGCACAUCAGGGAGCAACUGGCCCAGGAGACCGGCCUCAACAUGAGGGUCAUCCAGGUGUGGUUCCAGAACCGUCGUUCCAAAGAGAGACGCAUGAAGCAGUUGAGUGCUCUGGGGGCCCGAAGGCAUGCCUUCUUCAGGAGCCCCAGGCGGAUGAGGACCCUGGUGGACCGCUUGGAACCAGGAGAGCUUAUCCCAAAUGGACCUUUCUCUUACUACGGAGAUUAUCAAAGCGAGUAUUAUGGUCCAGGAGGGAACUAUGACUUCUUUCCUCAGGGCCCACCUUCGUCGCAAGCCCAGACCCCAGUUGAUCUGCCCUUUGUGCCCUCUUCAGGCCCCACGGGCACACCCCUGGGAGGUAUGGACCACCCCCUUCCGGGCCACCAUCCAUCCAGCGAAGUGCAGCGCUUUUCCGAUAUCAUGUCCCACCACCCCGGGGACUCUCCGAGCCCCGAGCCCGGCAUGCCGGGGACCCUGCACAGUAUGCCCUCCGAGGUGUUUGGGCCCAGCCCGCCCUUCACCUCGCUGUCUCUGAACGCCAACGGGUACAGCAACCACUUGUCACACCCGCCCACGGAAAUGAACGAAGCCACUGUGUGGUAGCUCUUUGCCAGGCCGGACGCUAACUGGGGUCUCGCGCGGCGGGCUGGAUUCAAACAUGGAUACCAACAGGGUUUGGUCGAUACCACAGGAGUAUUUUUUGUAUCAUUUCUUAUUUAUUAUUUAUUGGUACGAACCAGAUUUGACACGACAGCCUUCAUCUCCCUGACAUUGUCGCUUUUCUUCUCGUCAUUUCCUGUUCCACGCUUCCUUUCUUCCCGAGAUGACGUAUUUGUCUGCGGUGGGCGGGGCUACGAGGCGAACCGCUCAGUAAUUAGUGUGGCUAUUUUAGCACUGGAAGAGGCCGGAUCGUUCCGUCUCAGGACAUGGGAGGCGCAGGUUAGGACGGCUUUGCGGGAAACAACGCUCAAAGUGUGACAACAUCCAUAAAAUACCGACAUUUUAACCAAAGGAAAUAGCAAAAUAGAAGAGCUUACUGAAGAAUAGUUCAGGGUAAAUCAGAAAAACAAUAAACGAGAAAGAGUGGAUCCUUUCAAAGAACCGUUCAAAAGACCGGAUCCUUGAUCUGGUUCUUCUAAGAAUUUGUUCACGUGUUUAUAUAAUAACGGGAAACAGUUAUAAGAAAAGAUUCGGAUUUAAAGAAUUCAAGUUUUUGGAUUCUAUUUGUGGGAAAUAUUGAUUGUAAUUUAUUCUGGGUUCUUUUGAUUGCAAACACUCCACAAUGUGCUACCUUAUCCCCGUUCUUGGACACUGAAAUUAUUAUUUAGAGUUUUCUUUCCCCUCAGAAAGGUUGUGGAACAAUUUAAACUACACAGGCUACAAAUAACCUAAACCUAAAACAUAAAUACAUAAAACUAAAGAGGAAAUGAGCACAACAUAGUGUAUAAAGGUGAAUGCAACAUUGUACGAUGUGCACACCUAAACUUGUCUGGUUACGUUUACACUGCAGGGUUUAAGGACAAAUUCCAAUUUUGGGGUAAAUCGAUGUUUUAUUGUAGUUGUUCACUUUAGCAAAAACAUGUGACUUCAAUGUGAACUGAGGCUCAUGCGCAGGAAACGUGACCUUGUACCAAAUAAACGUGGCGUAAGCUACUAAACGCAGCAGAAAAGUACUUCCAAAUGUUGCUUCAUUUCCUUUGACUCCGGCUCACUUUGUAUUUCAUUUCAGUCGGCAAGACGUCGGUCCAGUCAGGUGGCUUCAAGCGGCUCCUUAACGAAUGGCCGGCGACUGCUAAUCGGUUGUCGUCAGUCGCUUAAAAGAGCCAUUCAAAAAACUUGACUCGCUUGCGAGAAUUGCGAGUGGAAACAGGAAAUCGCAACCAUGAAUUGAUUAGAUUAAAAGUUGAAAAAUGUAUUGGGGUGUUACCAUUUAGUGGUCAAUUGUGCGGAAUAUGUACUGUACUGUGCAAUCUACUAGUAAAAGUUUCAAUCAAUCAAUCAACAAUAAAACGAGAAUUGCGAGUGGAAACAGGAAACCGCAACCAUGAAUUGAUUAGAUUAAAAGUUGAAAAACGUAUUGGGGUGUUACCAUUUAGUGGUCAAUUGUGCGGAAUAUGUACUGUACUGUGCAAUCUACUAGUAAAAGUUUCAAUCAAUCAAUCAACAAUAAAACGAGAAUUGCGAGUGGAAACAGGAAACCGCAACCAUGAAUUGAUUAGAUUAAAAGUUGAAAAACGUAUUGGGGUGUUACCAUUUAGUGGUCAAUUGUGCGGAAUAUGUACUGUACUGUGCAAUCUACUAAUAAAAGUUUCAAUCAAUCAAUCAACAAUAAAACGAGAAUUGCGAGUGGAAACAGGAAAUCACAACAAUAAAACAAGAAUUGCGAGCGGAAACAGGAAAUCACAACAAUAAAACAAGAUUUGCGAGCGGAAACAGGAAAUGAUAAC